UUACUGCCUGUCAUUAUUGGUUUCAAUUCUUUCCCUUCAUUGUUGAGCUGUAGCCCCUCAGGAACAAACAAAAUCUUCGCUACUCACUAUUUCCAACCACUCCCCUUUUCUCUUGUUCGCCGGAGUGGAACAGGGGCUCAAGAAUUUUCUUGAGUUUUAUUGAUUCUGUCAAGGAAAGUAAAGCGGGAAGCCUCUGGAGAUGGCUACUUUUGCUGGUACAACGCAAAAGUGCAAAGCUUGUGAGAAGACCGUCUACUUGGUGGAUCAGCUUACAGCAGACAACAAGGUCUACCACAAAGCCUGCUUCCGUUGCCAUCACUGUAAAGGCACUCUUAAGCUUAGCAAUUAUUCUUCGUUUGAGGGUGUCCUAUACUGCAAGCCACACUUUGAUCAACUUUUCAAGCGAACUGGCAGUCUGGACAAAAGUUUUGAAGGCAUCCCAAGGGUUGUUAAAGCGACAAAUGGUCAUGAGGGCAAUUCCAGCAGAGUAUCAACCUUGUUUGCUGGCACUCAGGAAAAAUGUGUUGCUUGUAAGAAGACUGUGUACCCCAUUGAAAAGGUUGCAGUUGAUGGCACUUCGUAUCAUAAAUCCUGUUUUAAGUGCACUCAUGGUGGCUGUGUAAUCAGCCCAUCCAACUAUGUCGCUCAUGAGCAUAGGCUGUACUGCAAGCAUCAUCAUUCACAACUUUUCAAGGAGAAGGGUAACUUCAGCCAGCUAGAUAAGACUGAGCAUGGCAAAGGGGUGACUGAGGACACAGUGGCAGCCGAGUAAGUCGGGUGCAUGUAGCCGUUACAAUUGGAUUAGGUGUGUCUCUAAGAAAAUUUGGGCAGUUGCAAGAAGGACAUAAUUUUUGGUGCUUUCCUGAGUGAUUCUUUAAAGUUUGCUGUUGAUGUAUGUGUCACUGCAAGGUACCUGAAUAAACUGGAGUGGUUUCCUCUGUUACGAUAAGCAUGUAGAAUGUAGUUCUUUCUUAGUUGGUCAUGUAUUUUGAACUUCCAAUAAGAUGUAUACCAUCUCGUUGAAUUGUCCUCUCAAGGUAAAGAAUGAGUCGUUAAUUUUGUUUUA